AUGGAUACUGAUUUGAAAAAAAAAAAUAUCGAAGUAUCUUCAUAUAUUGCUGAAGAAACUAUAAGAUCAGAUUGUUCAGAUGCCAAUGAUGAAUCACCUUCGAUGGAAUUAAAAAAUUCCAGUUUACGUAACCCUGAUUAUUUUAACUCAACUACACAAGAAUAUGCUUUUAUAUUCUCUUGUAUGCUGAGUCAAUUAUUAAACUUAGCAGGUACGACGCAAACUUUAUCAAUUAUGAAUGUGUUAACAAGACAAUUACAUUCUUCAGAUUCUCUUAAAGUAUGGCUGGUGGCAUCUUUUCCAUUGGUGUCAGGUUCUUUUAUUCUUGUAAGUGGAAGAUUGGGUGACAUCUACGGUUUGAAAAAAAUGUUAAUAUUGGGUUACGUCAUUUUAGUAAUAUGGUCGUUAAUUACUGGCCUGUCCGGUUACUCCCACAGUGGGAUUUUUUUCAUAAUAGCAAGAGCAUUCCAAGGUUUAGGUAUAUCAUUAGUGCUACCAAACGUAUUAGGUUUAAUUGGUAUGAUUUAUAAACCUGGCACAUUGAAAAAAAACAUGGUGAUAAGUAUAGUAGGAGCAAUGUCACCAAUUGGUGCUACCUUAGGUGGUUUAUUUUCAGGUCUAGUUGCUACUGAAAGCGAAGGAUCUUGGCCAUGGGCUUUUUACGCAUAUACUUUAGCCGCAUUUAUUAACACAUUCAUAUCUUAUUACUCCAUCCCAAAUAAUAUACCAACAAAUGUUAAUAGAUUAUCCAUGGAUUGGAUAGGUUCAUUUACUGGUGUUUUAGGUUUAAUUUUAUUCAAUUUUGUUUGGAACCAAGCUCCUGCUGACGGUUGGAAUUCUGCUUACCUCAUAGUUCUGUUAGUCAUUUCUGUCAUUGCCUUAAUAGCAUUUGGUAUUUAUGAAUUGAGAUAUGCAGAAAAUCCAUUAUUACCAAGUGAAAUUAUUCGUAACAGACAGCUGAUUAUGAUAUUAACUGCAAUGACAUUCGGUUGGGGUUCUUUUGGUAUUUGGACCUUUUACUAUUUCUCAUUUGUAUUAAACUUAAGAAAUUAUUCUCCAUUGUGGGCUGGUGGCUCUUAUUUUAUUUUCGUUAUCUCAGGUACAAUAACCGCCAUAUCUUGUGGUUUCCUAAUGAAAAAAAUACGUCCUGCUGUUUUAUUAACAUUUUCAAUGGUUGGAUUCAAUUUAGGUUGCAUUAUCUUUAGUGUGACACCUGUUCAUCAAACAUAUUUCAGAAAUAUAUUAGGCACAAUGAUCAUUUUACCACUUGGUAUGGAUUUGUCCUUCCCUGCAUCAUCAAUUAUUCUAAGUGAUAACUUACCAAACCAACAUCAAGGUAUGGCAGGUUCAUUGGUAAAUACAGUUAUUAACUACUCAAAUUCAUUAUUCUUAGGUAUUGCUGGCACAGUCGAACAACAUUGCAAUAAAAAUGGAACAGAUCUUUUACGUGGAUACAGAGGAGCUCUAUAUUUUGGUAUCGCAUGUUCUGGUGUUGCUGUUUUAAUUGCAGGUUUAUAUAUGGUCGAAACAAUAUUCGAUUCAUAUAAAGAUCGUAAGGAAAAAGAUUGUGAAAACUGUGAACAAUAA